AGUCUCCUGCUGCAUCCAACGAACACAACACACACUCUCUGCUGUGACUUCGUUUAUUCGUUUCUUUUGUUUCCGUACUGGAUUUCAUACCAAUCAACCACAACGACAUUAGUUCUCCGUUCAGGGCUUAUCGGUUUUCACUUCGAAUUCAACGUAUCGUUUUCUAAAGACGCACACAGAGGAUUUCAGUCGACCGUUUGUGAACAUUGCGCUUUCCUCAAACGUUAUUACUGUUAUUAUUUUUUUUCGCUAUAUUUUUUUCUUGGUUCAGGAAAGGCGUGAGUAUAAAAAUACAGCACUAAAAACUCUUGAGGCGACGACAGAUUGUUAUUGUUUUUCAGCGCUAGCAUAGCCUACGUUAUUCCGCGUCAAUGUUUUCUGUUGCUAACUUAAAUAUUAGACCGCCUUUUUUAGACUGGUGAUAGCUACGUUAUUUUUCAACGUCGUUUUAUUAUCAAUUGACUUCGCGGUUCUAAAUUUGCAUACUUAAAACUUUUGUGAAUCUUUGAAACUUCGUUGGUAAAACACCCGCUUGCGAACGCAAUGGACUUUUCUGUCUUGAUUACCUUUGUUAACGCUUCUAAUUUCUUCUGCGUACAGUUAUUUUAAUUUAGUUAGGAAACGAAACCACAUUUGUUUGAAUCGUCAUCGAUGUCGUGGUUGUGUUUUCGUCCCGAACGCAAACAAGUUAAAAAUGUAAAAGUGUAUUUUAAUGCAUCUAAAAGUAUAGGCCUAUCACAGGUCUAUAAAACUUUAGGGUAAUUGACAGUGCGUUAUUCACUUGAGAUUUUGAAUAAUUUCAGCACUGAGUGGGAAUGAAAUUUACACUUCCCAAAAUAUUUCUAUGAAAGUAAAAUUAUUGUCAGCUUUGCUUUUCAUUUUAAAUAAUAUCAAGAACAGAAACUGUUGGUACACACUCUUGCUCACUAUGGCCAAACUAACCUGGCAGCAUCCCAGCAGAGGACGGAGCUUGUUUUCAACUUCCUACUUUAUUUUGGCCACCCUUACUUUACUGUUCUCCUGGUCCUGCCCGGUUCUAGGCAAGAAGAAACUCUACAUCGGAGCCCUGUUCCCUAUGAGCGGCGGAUGGCCAGGUGGCCAAGCAUGUCUCCCUUCUGCCCAAAUGGCCCUGGAUUUGGUGAACAAGAGAACGGAUAUUCUUCCGGAUUAUGAGCUUGAAUUAAUCUACUAUGACAGUAUGUGUGAUCCCGGAGAGGCCACAAAGCUGCUAUAUGACCUUCUGUACACGGAGCCCAUAAAAAUCGUUUUGAUGCCUGGCUGCAGCUCUGUGUCCACACUUGUGGCCGAGGCUGCUCGCAUGUGGAACCUUAUAGUGUUGUCCUAUGGAUCCAGUUCACCAGCUCUGUCCAACCGUCAGCGUUUCCCCACCUUCUUCCGCACGCACCCCUCAGCCACAUUGCACAACCCCACCCGCGUGCAGCUCUUUCAGAAGUGGAAGUGGACCAAGAUCGCCACCAUCCAGCAGACCACCGAGGUCUUCACCUCUACUCUGGAUGAUCUAGAGCAGAGGGUGAAGGAGGCAGGCAUUGAGAUCAGUGUGAGGCAAAGUUUCCUCACGGAUCCUGCUGUGGCCGUCAAGAACCUCAAGCGGCAAGACGCACGCAUCAUUGUGGGACUGUUUUACGAAACGGAAGCCAGGAACGUUUUUUGUGAGGUCUAUAAGGAGAAACUGUAUGGGAAAAAAUAUGUGUGGUUUCUAAUUGGCUGGUAUGCUGACAACUGGUUCAAGAUCAAAGACCCAUCCAUCAACUGCACAGUGGAACAGAUGACAGAAGCUGUGGAGGGCCAUGUGACCACUGAGAUAGUCAUGCUCAAUCCAGAGACGGUGCGAGGGGCCUCUAACCUGACCUCUCAGGAGUUCUUAGCGCAGCUGAUGUCCAAGCUGGGUGGGAAAAAUCCAGAGGAAACUGGAGGGUUUCAGGAAGCUCCUCUGGCGUAUGAUGCAGUAUGGGCCCUGGCUCUGGCGCUCAAUAAGACAGUGGGUCCCUUGAAGGCAAAAGGCCGCAGAUUGGAAGACUUUAAUUACAAUAACAAGGACAUCACGGCUGAGAUCUACAGAGCCCUCAACACUAGCUCCUUCGAGGGGGUUUCGGGUCACGUGGUGUUUGACGCCCAGGGCUCCAGAAUGGCAUGGACCCUCAUUGAGCAACUGCAAGGAGGAAGCUACAAAAAGAUUGGAUACUAUGAUAUGACCAAAGGCAAUCUCUCUUGGUAUGGGAAUGACAGGUGGAUAGGUUCUGGCCCUCCUGCUGAUCAGACUGUGGUGAUUCAGAAGUUCAGAUAUUUGUCACAAAAACUCUUCGUCUCAGUUUCUGUUUUCGCUGGCUUGGGCAUUUUAAUGGGGAUCGUUUGUCUCACCUUUAACAUUUACAACAGCAAUGUCAGGUACAUUCAAAACUCUCAGCCUUACCUGAAUAACAUGACGGCAGUCGGCUGUAUGAUGGCUCUGGCUGCUGUUUUUCCUCUGGGAAUUGAUGGACUGCAUGUACGGAACUCCCAGUUUCCUGUGGUCUGUCAGUUCCGUUUGUGGCUGCUUGGACUUGGCUUCAGUUUGGCCUAUGGAAGUAUGUUCACGAAGAUCUGGUGGGUCCACACUGUGUUCACAAAGAAGGAUGAGAAGAAAGACAAAAGAAAGCAGCACCUGGAGCCCUGGAAGCUCUAUGCCACCGUGGGGGUCCUGCUGGUUAUCGACGUCCUGUCCCUUAUGAUUUGGCAGAUUGUGGACCCCUUGCACAUCACGGUGGAGAAGUUCACUAAAGAAGCGCCUAAAGGGGACGUGGAUCAGUUGAUUGAGCCUCUUCUGCAGCACUGCAGUUCAGAGAAGAUGAACACAUGGCUUGGUGUCGUGUAUGGCUAUAAGGGUUUGCUGCUGCUUCUGGGCAUUUUUCUGGCUUAUGAAACCAAAUCUGUGUCCACUGAAAAAAUAAACGAUCAUCGAGCUGUUGGGAUGGCCAUCUACAAUGUCUCGGUGUUGUGUAUGAUUACCGCUCCUGUCACCAUGAUUCUAUCGUCUAAGCAGGACGCCUCAUUCGCCUUCGCUUCGCUGGCCAUCAUCUUCUCCGUCUACAUCACUCUAGUUGUCCUCUUCGUCCCCAAGAUGCGGAGGCUCAUCACUCGUGGUGAGUGGCAGUCGGACCAGCAGGAGACCAUGAAGACCGGCUCAUCCACAAACAACAAUGAUGAGGAGAAAUCCCGCCAGCUGGAGAGAGAGAACAAAGAGCUGCAGAAGAUCAUCCAGGAGAAAGAGGAACGUGUAUCAGAGUUGAGAAAUCAGCUGUCAGAGCGACAGGCCCUGCGCUCCAGAAAACGCCCCACCUCCUCCAAUCAGAACCACAGCUCACCUUCCAUUCCCACUCCUCUGAACGAUCCCAAAUCUCUCCUCCCGCCACCAGGAUACCCCCUCCCUGCUUCUGACAACCACUCCCUCCCUCCCACCUUUUCCAACUCCUCCACCCUGUACCAGCCCGACGGCAAGAUCAACCGCAACAACUGUCACCCUGGACGCCUGCAGCUCCUCUACAAGUGAGUCCCGGGACUACGCUGGAGAAACUGGUACGAAAUGCAAGCGGGGACACAGUAAGGUGGAAAGCAGGGAGAAAAAUAAGCUACCUUGAUUCGCGGGCCACAGUUUUCUCCAUCUCGCCCAGCAGGCGGCCUGUUUUUCUUUGUAUGUUUCCGACAGUGGCUGUGAUUCAUAGGAUGUUAUACACAGGAGGCUUGUGAGUCUUUUGCAUCAUUUUGAUGUGUCACCAUAUUUGAAAACCACACAUGCUGUGAACCAUUACACAGUUCACAUGAGUAACCCUCAGCUGAUUUUAACUUUGAAAAAUUGUGUACGAAGAAUGACAUGCUAAAAACAUCCCAACAGAAAAUCCUUAUACUCAUCGAAUGUGUUUUAGCACUCUACAAAACAAUCACAAACCGUAAUACCGCAUUAUACUUUCUUAUCUUGCAUCAAUCUUUUUAUUUAGUUUGUGCAUUCGUACUGUAUUUCAUACUGUUGGUCAUAUUAAUAAGUCUCUGAAACCUCAUUAGAGAGACUGAUCGAUUUAGUGCAAUUCAAUUUUGAUAUCAUGGACUAUUGUGAUAUAUUUAAUUGCGACAUGUACUGCCAAUACCUAGCCUUAGUAAUAUCCCACAGUAACAUAAAGUACAUUUAUUCAUUUAGCGAACGUUUUUAUCCAGUGCGUUUUACUCUACAUUUUACCAGUAUGUUUUCCCUGGGACUCGAACCCCUGACUUUGGUGUUGCCGACACCAUACUUGAACUCCCUUUCUCAUCUGAAAACUUCACCAUGACCUCAUAAACAUUCUUUCCCUGACGUGCAGCUGACAGUAUUGCAAAAUUUCUUGUGACCAACGUCAACAAAUUCCUUCCUUCCUGUUUUAUUAGCCCACUGCCUAAUUUUUGAAAUGUUGCCUCAAAUCGUGUAGCAUGUUGAAGAGAGGUGUUUGUCACCAGGCAAACGUUGAGUAAAAAUCCUAUAAAUUGACUGUACAUUUGAAGGAGGGACUUUUUUGUAAGCAACUGCUCCUGCCCAUGAACAAAAAUCACUCAUAAUUCCUUCAUUUAAAAAAAAAAGUCUAGCUUCACAAUAGGUUUCAAUGAUAUCGCUAAUGAAAUGAUGUUGGUUUGUUUAUAGCCAGCUUCUUUUCCCAGAGCAUGCUGGGAUAAUGUAUUAGAACUCACAAGCUGUUGAAGGCGUUUGAAUGCUUUGUACAGAAGAGACGUAAUUUCAUCCCAGAUUUGGGGGGUUUGUUUUUAUUAGAUCCCCCGUGUAGCUGAGAGCUGCAGAUUGAAUCUCCCAGCAUUGUAACGCGGUUUUCUUCUAAAUGGCACCUGCCAUAUUGGAGCCGUCACAGGAUGCUGCUACUUUGAAAUGCAAAUAACAUUAAAAAUGCAUAGCGUGUGCGUUUAAUACCAAGCAACGAUAAAGGGAAAUUAGUUCAUUAAACAGAACUCGGAUGCGCGUGCAAUACGGUACUUUACUUCAACAACACACCCAUCAGCUGCUUUGUGUAGUCAUCACUCAAACCAUGGUACAUCCUGAUUGAAACAAAAACUGAUAUCCUUCUGUACAUGCUUUUGGACUGAGGAACUGUUCCUUGUUCAAAUGGAUUCUUGGUUAUCUCAUCAUGCAUAAUGCCAGUUUCCUGUCUUGAAACGACAGUCUUCAAUGGCAGCUUUUCCCAACAGCUGUUCGCGUGUUUGCCGCAGUGAAGCUCGUAAACUCUCUUGCUUUUUCUCGGUGUGCGUGGCUUGGAUUCAUCAGCGGGCCUCUACGGCAAAGUUUCCCCGGUUUCAGCCGGACUGUUAAUGGUUCGUUUUACCUGCCUCAUUUAGCUUUUUUUUGCGGCAGCAAAGACUCUCUCUCUUAUUUGGAGGGACGGG